UCUUGAGAGCCAAAGUCACUCCAAAACACACGUUCAGGACACCUUACAUCUCGCCAGACUCCACAGCACUGGGCCUGGACCUCAGCAUCUCUGUGACGUCCCUGACCGCACCUGUAGCUCUGGACCAUGGUCCUUCAUAGCGGCUGCAGCAUGAGUGCCAGUACCAUCCCUGCCAGUGUGAGUGCUGAGAACCAGCUGCCUGCCUCCUGGAGCCCCCACUACAACUGCCCAGAUGUUUCCAUGAUGACGUCUGGCUACGCUGGACGACUAUGGUCUCAGGACCUCCAUCCACAGUACUGGUCCAAAUAUCAAGUGUGGGAGUGGCUUCAGCAGAUGCUGGACAUGCACCAGAUAGAUGCCACAGCCAUACCCUUCAAUAACUUUGAUCUGGAUGGGAGGCAGCUGUGUAGCAUGACCUAUCAGGACUUCACCCGCCUGACUGGAUCCUUCGGGCCUAUCCUCUACCAGAGUCUGACUGACCUCAGUCAGUCCAAGUGGACCGGUCAGUAUGGCUCUUCAGCAGAUAUGUUCACAUCAGGGGAUAUUAAAACAGAAUUAGAUGCAGAUCUUCCUUGCACAAUCUUGUCUUUCAAGGAGGAGCCCAGCUUUUACGCCACUUCAGAGCUUUUUGACAUUAAAACCCCAUUUCAACCUUCUACCAUGAUGACCUCUCCAGCCCCCUCAAGUCCCGACACCAAAAGGUCCCACAGUCGUUCCAACCAAGUCAAAAAACACAACCCUCGUGGGACCCAUCUGUGGGAGUUCAUACGCGACAUCUUGUUGAACCCAGAGAGGAACCCAGGCCUCAUUAAGUGGGAGGACAGGUCCGAGGGGGUGUUUCGCUUUCUAAAGUCGGAGGCAGUAGCACAGCUCUGGGGCAAAAAGAAGAACAACAGCAGCAUGACCUACGAGAAGCUCAGUCGAGCGAUGAGGUAUUACUACAAACGGGAGAUUCUAGAGCGUGUAGACGGGCGCAGGCUGGUCUACAAGUUCGGAAGGAAUGCUCGUGGUUGGAGAGAAACUGAGAAGUGAAGGAGUAAGAGCUGAAGAUGAAUGUUUGAAGAUGUGAGAAUCUGUGAAGACUUAUUUAUAGCAUUAUGGCCAUUACAAAAAAACGUAUGGCCUUCAUCAGCUGUUUUUUUUUUUCUUUUUUGAUGUUAUCUUUGCUUUUUAUUUGUUCUAUAUCUGCUUCCAAAAGGCUGGUAUGAUGCACUGACCUCACUGAAGUUUGAACGAUAUUGUUGUUUACCUGAAAAUAGCUUUUUUAUUAUUAUUAUUAAUUAUUGCACUGUUUACAGGUCAGAUUUGUGCACAUAAUUUUUUUUUCUGUACAACCAUGAACCCACCAUAAGGCAUAAUCUGCAUUUGUAAAUAUUCAGCACUCUUUUACAGUAUGUCGCACAACAGGCGUUCUAUAGAUAGAAGACUUAACACUGUAUAUAUUUGCUUCACUAGUGAUUUUUUUACACUUUCCAGCAAUUAAUGGCUUCCAGGUCUGAAAUGACUUUUAUUUAACCCACUAAAAUAGAUUUGCAGGAAAAACGAAGAUUAAGAUCAAGAUUAAGAAAUUAAUGUAAUUAACUUAUGCAAAAUAUUUUGUUAUCAUUGUCAUUGCCACUUCUGGCCCAGAAUGCUCACUACUGCACUAUGUAUAAUCAUGUGACAAAAAUAGGACACGCUAUGAAAACCUGUUUGUUAACCUUUUUGAAAACAUAUGGACAUUUAAGCCUCAUUUUUAACAAUAUAGAGAGAUGGAGGUAAUAUGACU